UCUCCCUCUGCUGCAGACAUUCUACCACCAAUUAAGCUCGAGAGCCAUGCAUCCACCCGACGCCGGCUACCCCUACCCGCCACCAUCGGCCCCCGGCGUUUACUCGACUCCGCCAGUUACCUCCGUUUACCCGCCUCCGUUUCAGAGCCCUCAGUCGUGGUCCACCGGCCUCUUCGACUGCACAAGCGACUGCACCAACUGCGUCGUGACCUUGUUCUGCCCCUGCAUCACCUUCGGCCGCAUCGCCGAGAUCCUGGACCGCGGAUCGGCGCCGUGCGGGCUGAGCGGGGCGUUGUAUGCGCUGCUGCAGUACUUGACGUGGUUCCACUGGGUGUACUCCUGCACCUACCGCACCAAGAUGAGGGCGCAGUACUCGCUGGCCGACGCCCCCUGCAGCGACUGCCUCGUCCACUGCUGCUGCGAGCAAUGCGCGCUGUGCCAGGAGUACCGCGAACUCAACAACCGUGACUUCGACAUGUUCAUAGGGUGGCAUGCAAACAUGGAAAGGCGAGCAACCGCUGCGGCAGUUUAUUUACCCCCCGUUACUCCCGAUGCCAUGCUGCGCUAAGUAAUCUAGAAACAAUUAUAUUAAUGUUUCCUUAUUAUAAUUUUCAAAAUAUUAAUCUUUAUGCCUGAUUUUGGAU